AUCACGUCAAUGCGCUGAAUAUAACCAAAUAUAACGUUUCGUCACUGUUCGUCGGGAAUGCGCUAAUUCUGCUUCAUUCUACCGGUUCCGGGAAAGGAGUGCGCGAUUGACCGAACCGGGCAGUAAAACCUCGAGGAAAAAAGGAUGUUGCACAAAGUGACGUCGUUGUUUCGCGGAGGGACCCUUUUCAGGGAGAUAAAAGUUAUAUCCAGGCCUAUUCUCCGGUCGACAAUUACCACGCCGUCCGGAGCAAUCCUGCCCGAACCGAAGAGAACACCUUUCAGUUUCCUGGGUGUCGUCAGCAGUGUGAUAUUCGGCCUACUGGUUGGCGCUACGAUUAGCAAAAACGUGGCCAACUUCCUGGAGGAGAACGAUCUCUUCGUACCUUCUGACGACGACGAUGACGAUGACGAUAACUAGCAACCAACUGGUUUCAUCUCGUUGUGAAUUGAAGAUACUCAGCACGUUAGACGUGCUCUUAAUGCUAAUUCAGUCAUUACGAAACAAUCAUAUUAUGCACAAAUGCAGUUUCUACAAAACAAAGUUGUAUUUAUACAUAAUGCGAUUAAUAAUUAAUGAAUUAAAAAGUUUGUCUUAUAUAUAAUAAAAAUAUAUGCUUGUGUUAAAAAAAGAGACAAUAGUUUUUUUGAAACAAUCUGUUAAUUAUAUCUAUAUAGUACAUUUUGAUUAAUAUCAAUUUUAACAUGAUUGCUGAUACUUAUAAUUCCAAACUUGAAUUAAUUACAAUUUUAGGUUUUGAUUUUUGUUAACAAAUUUUUACUCAGUAGAAGAAUGUUUAGAAUGUCAUUUGGCUUGUUUUCAGAUUCAAGUUGAUGUCGCAAGUGUGACGCAAGACCAGUAAUUGCAUGAAUUCGCGUUAACAGAGGAAGAGAGGUCUCUUCGCUUAAACUACUUAGGUACCUUACUUACGCUUCAAUACCUGAGAUUAUGUAAAUUAUCAUAGAAAUAUUUAUUUAUACAAUUGUUGAAAGUUAAGUAAAAGUUUUACAAAAUCUAUGUAUUUAUAAAUCUAUGUAUAUAUUAUAUCUAUAAAUAAAUUGUGUUAAAUACAGUGUAA